UAUAUAUACUGAGCAGAACUGUUCACAGAAUAGUGUGUGGAACUCACCCAGAACAGUUCAACUCUGAAAAAGGACAUAAUUAACAGCAAUCAUGGCACAGACAAACCCAGCCGGACUUUACAAGAUCACCGUUUACGAUCAAGAAAACUUCCAGGGCAAGAGGAUGGAAUUCACCACGUCCUGCAAGAACAUCAUGGACUGUGGUUUUGACAAUGUCAGAUCUCUCAAAAUCGACUGUGGAGCAUGGGCCGGUUACGAGCACUCCAGCUUCUGUGGACAACAAUUCAUCCUGGAGAAAGGAGAGUACCCCCGCUGGGACGCCUGGAGCGGCAGCAAUGCUUACCACACCGAGAGAAUGAUGUCCUUCCGCCCCAUCUGCUCUGCCAACCAUAAGGAGUCCAAAAUCGUUAUUUUUGAGAAGGAGAACUUCAUCGGCAGGCAGUGGGAGAUGUGUGACGAUUAUCCUUCUCUGCAAGCCAUGGGCUGGUGCAACAACGAGGUUGGAUCCAUGAAGAUUCAGGCUGGAGCAUGGGUUUGCUACCAGUACCCAGGAUACCGUGGCUUCCAGUACAUCAUGGAGUGUGACCGUCAUGGUGGAGAGUACAAGCACUGGAGAGAAUGGGGAUCCCACGCCCAGACCUUCCAGAUUCAGUCCCUCCGUCGCAUUCAGCAAUAA